AUCCUAUUUUUUUCCCAAAGCCGUUGCUCAACGAACUCGUCCCUCUCUUCCGUUUAUCCUUAAACCCCCACAAAACCCUAAUAUCUCUCGAUCUCGAUCGAUGGACAUGGCUGGUUUGGGUCUCUACCACACGGACUGCGAAUCCAUACUGUCGCAAAUUAAGCAUCAAGAGAAGCAGCUCACGCUCAAGAGAAGGUGGUUGAUAGGUUUACCAUUGUCCAAGUCAGAGUUGAAGCAUUUAGAAGGGCCAGAGUUUUUCAAGAAACGGGCCCUACGUGAAUCAAUGCUCAGGGAAGAUGAUAUAUUCUAUGAGACUGCAAAGACGCAUGUUGAAGAAGCUAUCUUAUCGCAUGAUAUGGAACAAGGGUGCAGUGGUGUUCCAGAUAAUGUUAAACCGUCUGACAUGCCUAAUUUGCUAAAGGAAAUUCUACCUCAUCUAAAUAAUAUGACCAAUAAGGGCCUUUAUCAUUUUGCUAUGAUAGUUACUAGGGGGUCUGUCGAGUUUGACAAAACUUGCUGGAAGAUGAAGAAACUUAUUAGGGAAACUGUCCGUAAAGUAUGCCAUAUUGAAAAGAACACCCAAUGGGAUAAUGUUACAUUUAAGAAGCUCUAUCGACUUCUAAAUGACCCACGGAAUUUCCGAGGAAACUGUCUGAAUCAUUUGGCUCCUGCAUCUCAUUUUCAAAGGGCAGCGGCUUUGAAGCUCUUGGGUAGACUUGAGGAACUCUCUACACCAGCUCUGAUUGCAAUGUAUAGGAAACUAAGACGUGUACAGGCGAGAGUACCUCGGUUGGGGCCCUUUAAAAGUGGACGGAGCCGAGAUGAUCUUAUCAAUAAAGUGAGGAAAACUAGUAGAAACAUGUUGAUGGAUCCUGGUUCUAGGGAUUGUCUACCAGAACCACUAGCUAAAGCAAUGGCUAUAGCAGAAUUAUCUUUAAAACUAGCAUCAGGCUUUCAAAGUUCCACAGGAAUGAAGUUCUACCACUUUGCUUCAGAAAUUACAAGUUUGCAGGAUGAGAUUGUGAAGGCUCUUUGGCUCCUGAACUCAAAAGUUAGAUUCCAGGAGCUGAAAGUUUUGCAGUCACUAUUGGACCCCAGUGCUAAAGUCCCAGAGAGUCGUCUACGAACAGCAGUCAAGAACGUUUUGACUGAGUAUCUUUUUGAAUGCUCUGAUUUGGAUUUGAUCCCAAGGUCUUUAUUGGAAUGUCUGGCUUUUAUUAACAGGAAUUCUCGAACGGCACCAUCCUUACCUAAGGAGGAAGUUGAAGAAGAAGUAGAAUGCAUUUUGGUUGUUAGUGCCCAUAUGAAGCAGAAUGUCUGGGAUUUGCUUCCUGAAAUUGGGUAUCAUACAGAUUUCACCGAUGCUUAUAUGGAGGAAUUGGAGGAAAGUGAUGACGCCGCCAACUCCGAUGAUGAAGACGAGAGACAUACAAGGAUAUCAAAUAGUGGAAGGUCUGACAACAUUGAUUCGUUGUUUCCAGUGGAAGGUACUGGAGAGUCUAUUACUGAUAGCUCCAACCUGCCUCCAUUCGAUAUUGAGGCUAAUGGUAGUCCUCCUGGUCACACCCCAAGGAAAGUGUUUGACAGUGCUGCUGCUGCUCUUAAAUCUGAGACGGAUAUCUCUCCCAGUAUAGCCUCCACUGCUGCUUGGUAUAGCAGUUCCUCCUUUUUAUUCCAAGAAUCAAAGAGUUCUAGACGCUUGAAUGGCAUGGAUAGAGAUAAUGUAAAGCCAUUGGGCAACUUUGGUGCUGCCGAAACCAAUGGUGAUGGUCCCUUCUCUUUUUUGUUGCCCAACACAGGGCGUGCAAAAUCUCUCGAGAGAUACAAAGAUGAAGAUGAUGAACUCAAGAAUCAACAAAGGGAUGUCUCAAACAGAUCGAGCACUUGCAUAAAUCGAUACCUUGCUGUCCAGGAAGCUUGUGACGAAACAAGUAUAAUUGCCUAUAAUUUUGUAGGUUAUAUAUUGGAAGAAUUUGCACAAAGAGAAGGUUUGAAUGUAGAAAUGAAUGAGUGUUCCUAUCUGGGACGUGAUCAGUCCAUUGGAGGUCAUGAAGAAAGGAAGGAUUCUAGUCAUCAUGAGGGCUCAGAAGUUUCUGUUAUCCAUAGAGCACUUGAAAAGUUAGUUCCAUGCCUCAAGAAGAGUGUGAUGGAAAGAGUGAAGGAUUUCACAGGCCUUCCCUAGAGGUCUAGUCUCAAUGGGAAGGGAAUCGUAUCCUAGUUCCUCGAGUAAACUCUAGAAUCUUGCUUGAAUCAAGCUUCAUAGUUAAUUGCCUCAUAUGGCAGGAGUUGAGGACUUUUCCUCCAUGGGGAAUUAUCUGGGGAAAGAUGAGAAGACACGCAAAAGAUGACUUGUUUGGCCAGUGAAAGAACAUCAACUAGGCCUCAUGCCUCAUGGAUGAAAUGAAUCCUAUGGUAAUCACAAAGCAGUUAAUCAUCCUGAUGCCAUGGAUUUGGAUGGAUAUUGGCUCUGCUUGGAAGGUAUAGGUCUCCUCGUUGUGGACAUAACUUCUCUGUCAAGCAACUAUUUGGCAAUAUGACUCUUUAAGGGCAAAUCAAUUGCGAGAACCAUAGCCUGUUUGCGUGGGCAUCACCUAAUCAAGCCGACCUUGGCAUGAGCUGUGCAUGACGUUUCCUCCCUCCAUUGAGUUGAUGUGGGCAAAAGGAAUUAAUCAACUCCUGCUAUCCAAGAGGCGAUAGAAAAGAAGCUCUGCGUAUAGGGUUAUUUGUUCUGAGAGAGGGAAUGUAGGUUUGCGAAUGCAAGUCCCAGUGUUUCCUGAAGUUCAAAUGAUGAUCGUUCUACAGUGAUAUAUUGUUAUCUUUGACCCCGAAGGUCGUGGCAGCCCCAUUUUGGAAAUGUUUCCCCACUCUGUAUCUAUCAUUUAUAGCCAACCUAGCACUAACAACUACCAAGCAAAGGUAUGCCCUCGUAAGAAGUAUUGUGAAACAAAGUUUUAGAUAUAUCAUUAGAAUGAAUGUAUAAUUUAAAUUCAUCUUU